CGCAAACAAACAAAUGACAAAUGACGUCGUUCUGUGUUUAGGUUUGCGCAUGUUUUGCGAGCUAAAGUUUACAAAGGAAGUGAUUCGUCUGAAAUGACUAUUCCCCUUGCUUCUAGUAGAUCGUAAUUUCUUGCCAUCUCAUAGCUGAAAAUGCCGUGGUUUCUGCCAUGGUCUGAAAACAUUAAGAAAACUGCCUGUAGAUACUUGCUACAGAGGUAUUUAGGACAAUUUUUGGAAGAAAAACUGACCUUGGAUCAGCUGACAGUAGAUCUUUACAAUGGAACGGGGACUGUUUCGGACGUUAGCUUGGAUGUCCAGGCUCUCAAUGAAAUGGGGGAACAACAAAAUCUGCCGGUGGAGUUUGUGGAUGGAUUCAUUUCGGAGAUCUCAGUUUCUAUACCAUGGAAGUCCUUGCUCAACGAUUCAAGUUUCGUGGAGGUGAAAGGGCUAGCUUUCACAGUGCAACCCAAACAACGAGCCGACAGUGGGACGUCAAUGUUUGAAUCCAUGUGGAGCUCUAUGACAAGUAGCAUGCAACUGGCUGAAGAGUGCUUGAAGCAAGGAGGCUCUGAUGAGAAAGAAGCAGAACCUCUGGAUGGUCUGGAACUAUUUGCUCAAACAAUUGAUUCAAUUUUGAGUAGAGUGAAGGUCAAGUUUUAUGACACUGUCAUUCGCUUAGAACAUGUUCCUAAAGAUAGCAACUCAGGAGUGGCAGUAGAAGUACGCAUUAGGAGUAUUGACUAUUUGGAUGAAGCUGGCUCAGAUCCCCCAAAUGUUCAAGAUGUGCAAGCUGUUCCUGGAGAGAAUUCAAAAGCAUACCACAUAGCAGCCUUCACAACGAAAAAGUUCUGUCUUGAGGGUGUAACUAUUUAUACAGAUGAGUUUCCUUCAAAAGCAAGAACUUUUUCAAAAUCAGUGAUGUCUAUGUCAACUGGAUCGACCCCUGACUCCAAGAAUUCAGAAACUGCUUUUGCAACAGCACCUGCAUCCCCUAGUCAAAGCAUGAUGGGAGUGCUCCCUAACACUCCUGCUCCAAAUUUGUCUCUUGAACCUGACCCUAUAUUGUUUGGAAAAUUGGCAGGCCGGCAUGAAUUAAGAAUAAAAAUCAAGCAAGGGGAUGGUGUAGUUGGUCCAAAGGUCGAUUUAGAACUGAACUUGGGAUCACUCACAAUAUUUUCUUCUCCAAGACAACUUCAUGUGUUAUUAGAACUUAUGCAUGGGCUUUCUCAACCUGAUACUGUAGAUACAAGCAAUGUUGCCCCACGUAAUAGGUGCACAGAAAAGCCCAUGGACCCCUCUGAUUUCCAGCGAGUGGAGCAAGAGCUGCAGCAGCAUGUCCAAGCACUCUCUCCUCUCCAAAGCAAGGGCUUGCAAAAUGCACAAGCGUGGUCUUCAGCACCCCUAGAUGAAAGUGAUGAUGAAUUUUUACCUAUGAAAACACGAAACUCCAACCUGAGUGACAGUGUUAUUUCAUCUGCAACCAGCAUGGAUGCGUCUUUUUCAUCAUCUGUAAGUGGUGCGACAUCCAGCUGCAGUGGCAAAGAUGUUCUCAAUAGGCUGGCUGGAUCUCCCCAUCGUUCAUCUGUUUCAUCUAAUCGUCAGAAAAGAAAGCAUAAAGGAGCUGGUUCUUCUAUUGGUGUUGAUGUUGACUCAUCUGCAGAAGUGAGCCAUUUUCAGGUCAGAUUAGGAAGUGUUGCUGUCAUUCUCUUGCAUGAGGAUGUUCUGACUCUCUCUGUGGACCUUGAUGGCACAUCUCUUGCACGAUCCACAGUUUAUCAAAUGAAAGCCCUGGCCAAUGAUUUCUUUGACAAGUUGGGCCUAUUUUCUGUGUCUGCUAUGGGAGGAGCCCAAGCAUUUGAGGAGGCUCGAGGUGUAUUUUUGAAAGCUGUGCCACGUAAUCACAUCAGGCUGUUGUCAACUGCUCUUAUUUUAGAGGGUCGUGAGAAAACCACCUUACACACAAGCUCCCUCACUGGUCAGGUCACCUCAGCAAGUAUGGAAAUUCUGGAAUGUCUUAUAGAAAAAAAUACACCAUCUCAGGACUACACUAAUGCAGAAUAUGUUGAGCUUCUUAAGUUUAUAAAUGGGCCAGAUUCUGAGACUAGUGGUGCUGCCCCUUAUGUACAACGCAAUGUGCCGAAUUUCAAAUUGAAUUUUCAAUAUACUGAAAGGCUUACCAGUGGGCCUUCAAGGAACUAUGCACAACCUAGAACUGAAAUUAGCAUUGUGUUAGAACCUUGUUUGUCGGAACUAGAUGUUUCCAUAGUUGAUAGGAUCACAGCUGUUCUAAAUCCUGAACCAAUGUGUUGUAGAGGUAACAACAAAGGAUUGAAUACAGGCUUGUGGGACUGUAAAGGAGCCUCAAGCUUAACAGAUGCACUAGACAACAGGUCUCAGACUGACGGAGGGAAGGUAGAGCUUAAAGUCCAUGCAUCAUUCAUAGUUGUUAAACUUAGAUUUCCUACCCCGGAUUUGAGGCCAAUUCAUGAUAUGGACCGUCCUCCAUGGUGGAAAAGAUGUGUAAGAGAAGACUUCCUUCUUUUGAAUAUGUCUGAUGCUACAUUCCAGACAGCAUUUAAUAGUCGAGAUGUAUGUUCAACCUAUGAAAUACAAUUUAGAGAUGUGCAUGGUUUAUUUCAAGAAGGAGAUUCCGAAAACCCUGUUUCUAUUCUCCAUGCCCAUGCUGAUGAAAAGAGUGGACAGUCUUUACCUAAUAAUGGGGAGGGUUUUGGAUGGCCAAGGCUAGUAGUACGCUGUUAUCCAACUCAACUUCUUGGAGACUUGGAUGAAUUUCCUUCAGUUCAUCCUGAGGAGUCGAUCAGUUAUUCUUCUAUUGAUCUUCUUAGUAAUGCUGCAUUCAAAGAGCCAUCUCCCUUCAGUUCAAAGCGGGUUGUUCAUGAAAGUGACACACCUCAUGGGAAAACAUCUUGCCCCACACAAGAUGGUGAAGAACUUAUUAUUCCGGGCAAUCAAAAAGAAAUGAACGAUUUCAUAAACUAUGCAACCCGUAGCAGUCAGCUUCAGUUUGAAAUCCAUCUCCCUUGUGCAACUGUUCAGUUUCCUUCAAAGCAUAUGUAUGAACUAGUAUACAACAGAAUCAGCACAGAUUUAUUGCUUUGGUCACCAUCUGCACCAAAACCUAAGGGUGUUGUCCCUACUGUAGUACAGGACUUGUCAUCCUUCCCCAAUUUUUCACCCUAUCCUGGCUUUUCGAUGUGCAAAUCUGGCAUUCAGUAUGAUUCUGAUUCUGAUUCCAUUGAUGAUGCAGACAAUGAAACAGGAAUGUAUUAUUCUGUUUAUGACACCCGACAUAAACCAAAGAGUAUGCGCCCAAAUACUGGUAGUUCAAGAGAUGGUGCCUCUUGUGGACAAAGUCAAGCCUCUGUCUCAGUAUCUGUUGGUCAGGGUGUUUUUUCCAUAUUUACUCCGGUUCGGGACUCUCUUGGUAAUGUCAUACCAGGACAGCAAGGAGAAUUACUGGUUCAACUUGAUGAAGGCAAUAUGUUCCUAGUUUCUCAAUUUCGUGGUUGUCCUAAACUGGGAUAUGUGUGUGUUCAAGUGAACCAUGCAGCUGUUUUCCACAAUGGUAUUGCCCCAGCUCCUACAACUUGUCCAACUCUUCACCCUGUUGGAGUGGCUCCUGGGGCCCAUCUCUUUCCCACCAUGUAUCGUUCAGAAAAAGGUGUUUUGAGCGCCACAAGUAGUCAUUCCAUUGGAACUGGCAGCAAGAACAGUUUAGAUAUGAUCACCGUUGCUUUACGAAUUCAGGUUGAGGAGGGAAGCCAUAAUCUCAAGACUUUUAGAGUAGCUGUUGGUAUAAGAGGUACAACUCUUCACCAUAAGAUGAGUACAUCAGGUCAUAGCUGGUUUAAACAGUUAACUGACUAUUUUGAUGUCUUGGAUUAUCCUGUGGCUGGUUAUGAGCGUCCUUGUGUUAUCACAGAAUUACACCUGCAUUUUUGGGAUUGUGCUAUUGAUUACAGGCCAAUCUAUUUACCACUGAAGUCGAUGCUUACACUUGGAACCCUUAGCAUUUCAAGCAACAUAGCAGCUCAAACUAAAACCUCAACCUUAAGAUUCAUGGCUGAAGAUGCAUGUUUGCUUCUGGCUGAAAAAUUAAGUAGCAAUGCGGGUGGCACAGAUUUAUGCAGAGAUUAUGUGUGUGUAAUAGAUCUUGGACUAUUUGAGUUAUCAUUACGGUUGAGUGACAAGGCAAACGGAUCAAGCCCCAGAGUUGACCUCAGAGCUUCCAACAACAUGCUGCAUAUUAGAACCUGCCCUGACUCAGCUCGUGCAUUGACAGAUUUACUGUCAUACUUUUCUGGGGAUGGAGAUUUAAGUCAACAAUUAGACUCUGAGCCAACCAGUUACAGUAGUAGCAAUAGACCCUGGGGAAGUGAAUCUUUCUCAAGCAGCAAAACUAAUUCGAGCAGUGCCACCGUUCGGGAAGCCACCCCUGCUAGUCCAGCUCGUUCUCAUAGUCGCAGUGAGCGAGAAACUUUGAUUCAGCUUGAUGGAGCUGAUUUAUCUGCUCAACCAACCCUCUCAGCAAAACAGGUUCAUCAUGUUCACUCGUUGAUGGAAGAGGCCAUGCUGGACACCAAUGCACCCACUGUUUCAAAUGCUUCAGCCGUACCUCACUCUCAUAAAAAUAAUGAUGCUGUUGAGGUAUUCUAUUUCCCUGACGAAUCCCAAAAGACAAAAUCAAAUGAAAAGUCAGAUGGAAUCAAUGAUGACAGUAGUGGUAGUGUGACUUUGGAUCAUCCAGAAAUGAAUGAAGCAGUAGCGGUGGAGGAGGAUACAGAAGAUGAUUGGGAUGAUGAGUUCUGUAUCCUAGAAGAAGUAACUGGGGCUGGGAUUCCGCCAAAAAGUGGACUUCCUGAGAUUCGUGCUCUCAUUCCUGAGCGUAUUCAAGUGUUGGAUAAUCACUUUGCCAUACCACAUGGCAAAGCAGACCUCCUGAAACCCCCUAAACAUUAUCCAGUGCCAGUGAUGCGAUACACACUCCGAGAGAUGAGUGUGGUGUGGCAUAUGUAUGGUGGAAAUGAUUUUGGACCUUCCAAAUGUUCCCCUCCCACUCAAGUAGCAAAGAAGAGGGUUCAUAUUUAUGAUGGACCUGAAAGAAACAGUACUUCUCAGCCGACAUCUCGUUCUCAGGGUAGCUCAGCUAAUGAAAUAGGAGUGGGCAUUGUUGCCUUUUCAAAGAAUAAUCCACAGGAGGUGCGAUUUAGUGCAAGUAAUUCAAAUCGGAGUGUUCCAAUUAAGUCCUGUCCAACCACUCCAAUGACUUGGCAAGCUAUGGGGGGUCCUGGUCGUAAACAUGACACUCUGAUGGAGCUACAGCUGAAUAAGGUUCGUUUCCAACAUGAGGUGUACCCAGAAAAUACUACUGAAGCAUCUCGUCAAGUUCUUCUCAUUCAUGAAAUAGAAGUGAGAGACCUAUUGGCAUCCAGCGAAAUCAACAAAUUUCUUUACCAAUACUCCAGUGAGACAAGACCGAAGCAGUCACAUGCCAAUAUGUUGGUUUUGAAAGCUCUUCAUAUUCGGCCUGAUCCAAAGCUAAUAGCUCAAGAAUGCUGCCUUAAAGUUUCACUGCUGCCUCUGCGACUUAACAUUGACCAGGAUUCGCUGCUGUUUUUGUACAACUUUUUCUCAGAAAUUUCUGGUAACCCUGAUGAAGAGGAAGAUGGAAACCAAUGUAGCACACCUCGUCUGGCUACACCAACUCAUCAGCAUUCCCAUCAACCACCUGUGAUGACUGUGAAUAUCAAUGAUGGACACAGCAUUAUUUUACCUACAGACCAGUCAACAUUUUUGAUACAGCUUGAAGAAACUGAUGCACUUGCUGGUUUGAAGGAUGGAAAUAUGGUUUCUCAUCAGACCUCUAGUCUUGAUUCUGCACAAGCAGAUAGUGCAGACAACCAGCCUCCACCACCACCCAUUUACUUCAGGAGUUUCACCUUUGCCCCAGAAGUGCCUAUCCGAUUAGAUUAUCAAGGAAAACACGUAGAUAUGACACAUGGUCCUCUAGCUGGUCUACUCAUGGGACUAGGUCAACUGAGUAAUUCUGAGCUGAAAUUAAAACGUCUUUCCCACCGUCAUGGCCUCCUAGGUUUUGACAAGCUUAUGACCUAUGCUUUACUGGAGUGGUUGCAAGAUAUAAAGAAAAAUCAGCUACCCAGCCUUUUAGGAGGUGUUGGACCAAUGCAUUCUCUCGUGCAAUUGUUUCAAGGAAUACGAGACCUCUUUUGGCUGCCUAUUGAACAAUACCAAAAAGAUGGUCGUAUUGUGCGUGGUCUUCAGCGAGGUGCCAAUUCAUUUACUACAUCAACAGCUAUGGCUGCUUUGGAACUUACUGGCCGAUUGGUUCAGGCUAUUCAGUGCACCGCUGAAACAGCGUAUGACAUGCUUUCUCCUGGCCCAAGUGUCCGGCACAGAGCUGUUGCAGGGAAAGGCAAGGGCCAGAGGAGAAAACGCAACAACCAGCCACUUGACAUCCGAGAAGGGAUGCAUAAUGCGUAUAAUGUUGUAAAAGAGGGUAUAAGUGAAACUGCUGAAAAUGUAGUGAGGGUUGCCAGUGAAGAACAUGAGCAAAAGGGUAUGACAGGUGCAGUGGGUGGAGUGCUGCGCCAAAUUCCAGGUUUGGCUGUGAAACCUGCCAUAUUUGUGUGUGAAGCUACCCACAAUGUUAUUGGUGGAAUGCGAAGCCAGCUAAAACCUGACACUCGUCGAGAGGCAGUUGAAAAGUGGAGAUCUGUUGAAUAAAUGACAUCUCUCUUAAAUGUUCGUUUUAAAAGGGUUCAGGUACUACCGAGUUUUUUGAAAAAUUAUAGACAAGAAAAUACAUUGUAACAAAUGUAACAUCAUUCAGCGUGUAUUCUGUGUAAAAUGAUUAUUAAUUUCACGAUUAGCUCUCUACUUGUGAAGCAGCAAUCGCAAAAGAGAUCAAUGAUAUGGUCUUCUUCAGAUAUUUUCGUCCAGGAAUGUGAAUGUUCUGUUUGUUGAACAGUUACUGACAUUUAUGUUCACUUACAAUUUCACAAUGUCUUUUGAAUUUCGAUUUUUAACUAGACUAGAAAUAGUUUGAUACUAUCCUUUAUUCUCUUCUUGCAUGUUAUCUCAUGUUUUCAUCUUCUUCUACAAAAGGCUUGGUGUAAACUUUAUUGUAUCUUAUUCUUUUUCUUGAGUAGUUUUUGCAAUGUUGAGUACCACACAUUGCAAGACACCUCAAGUUAUUCUGACUGCUAUUGCAAAUAAAAAACAAGUGCUUAGCAACUGAAGCAUCAUGUCAUCGUUACGGUAGCUUAUAACUAUAGCCUUUUCCGGGGACAGUAGGAUAAUUUUAUUGUCUGUAUUUUCCUAUGCUUUUUGACAUUGCAAUAUGAUGUCCCAUGAUUUGAAUUGUUCUAAUAGUGUGACCACUCCUGCCUGCAUGAAAUUUUUCAUUCAAGCUCAAUUCCUUUAAGAAUUUCUUGUUCCACUUUUGAUAGUGUUUUUUCUCAGCUCUUUACAUUUGAACUGUGUGAAAGAAAUGAGCUAGAUAAGGGGAUGUGACUCAAGUGUUCCUCCUUUACAACUGUAAAAGUGACUCAAAUAUUUUGAUUAUUUGAGUUAUGUCCUGUGUCCACAUUUCUGUAAGUUAUAACUAAUUGAAAUGCUUGCAUUUCACAAAAUGGAGAGAGACAGAAAAUACUGUAUCCAAUUCAUAAUAAUUUGUUUUAAGCUCUGGAAAAGAAAAUUCCUAUAAACAGUGUCUUGUCUUCCACACCUUCCUUCUUUAGUUUGCAAUAAUAGGGAGUAGUGAUGUGAGUUCUGCAAUAAUGCAGACAAUCAAGCUAGUUCUGAUUGGUGGAAUGUGUCGCUUUGGAUAGCGGUGUUAUCAAUUUUAUCUUUCUGACCCAUCCACGUUUGAUGGAGUACACGAUUGUGAAGUGAAAUAAGUCCAUUUUGACGAUGGCAAACAAUCUUUAAGAGUGGGAUGCAAUUUCUUGUGAAAAAUAUGUGAUAUGUGUUUUCUCCUGUAUGGCAGGUGAGAAGAUUGAAAGUUAUUUAUGUUGAAUUCCAUUUGUAGCUACUGGUUUUGAACUUUGCUGUGAGUUUUGUUAUUGUUAUGUGAUAUCUGUAUAUAUUCUACUUCAUUACAUGAAUGUUACUGUUAGCUAGUACUGUGUAUGCAAAUGGAAGUCAGGCAAGUCUUAUUGUAUUAGCCUUACAUGUUAGCUUUGCUUUUUGCUCUUUAACUGUAAGUGUUUUAAUUGCUUUUUCACCUGUCAAAUAAUCCUGUUUGUGAAUGGCAUCAAAGUCUUUAUUUCAAUUAAAUUUGUCAUACUAAAGUGCCAUUCUAAAGUUUUGAAAAUAAAUUAAUUUUUGUUCAUUGAGAUGUUAAGCUUUUUAUAAUAAUAAUUAUGUGUGUGGAGAUGUUUUUACAAUAAGGGUGUUUGAGAAUAUUUUGAAUUUAUAAAAUUUGUUCAAUGAGAAGUGAAGUAAUGUACUGCAGUUUUCAACAUAUCAUGUGAUGGAUUUUGGCUUUGUCUCCAAAUCAUGUGAACUUGUCUGUUUUGGACUGUUGGCUUGAUUGCUAUUUCCUCAAAUAAUUUUGUCAUUCUUAGGUACUUAUGGUGAUCACACAAACUUUACAAACCCUGAGAAACAAAAUUACAGUUAUUGCACAAUAAUUAUCUGUUAACAAAUCUAUGGAGAUUAAGACUGUAUCACUGUUUUUUAUACUCUGUAUUUGUUCUAUGCAUUGAUUUAACCGCUCUGAAAAAUAAAAGAUAUUUAUUUAGCUGUGAAGAUGUUAGAGAAAUUUUAAUUCAAGUGGUGCCGCUUCCAAAUUCUCUUUGGAUUAAACAAGAGCAAACUAGGAAUUUUCUAUCCUGUACAGAAUCAUAGCAAUCUUUUUUUUUUUUCUUGUGAUUGAUCAUGACACAAGAGUUGAAUAUUUGCCUAUGAACCUUUGAAUCAAAUUAUGCAUUUUGAGUGUUCAAUUUUGUAAAUCUUCAGUCAAAUAUGGUGCUCUUAGGUACUAAAGGUUAUUUUUGUAGCGCUGUUUAUUCACUCGUUGAAUAAAUGAUUAAACUGA